AUGUCGUCUAUGAAGUUGCUUUUUCGUAAAACAGAGGUAGAUUUGGGUAACGGGAGAUGUCUCUUUGCAUGGAGACCUCUCCGGAAUUCUAUAGCUGUUGCUGGAGCGAAUAGAUCUGUAUACCUGUACGAAAGGAGAGGGGAAUUAAUCGAUGUUCUUGAACUAACAGCUAAGAUAAUCGGGAUAUCUUGGGAUUGCGAGGGCGAUGUUCUUGCAAUCAUAACAGAAGGAACUUCUCAAUUGUUACUGUGGGAUUAUAACACAAAACAAGCUGAUGUGGUGGAUAUAAGCAUGGGAUCAAGGGAGGUCGCUUCAUGUAUCACAUGGUCUAAUAAUUCUCCCGUCUUAGCAUUAGGUACACACAAUGGUAACCUAUUCAUUUAUAAUCAUCGUACAGCGAGAAAAAUUCCGAGCAUUGGAAAACAUCAAAGGAAAGUGACUGGGAUUGUUAUAACUAGACAAGAUCAAAUUGUUAGUUGCGCAGAAGAUAAUACUGUUAUAGUGUCAUCAUGCGAUGGAGAAACCGUUAAUACAUAUCCAGUCAGUGGAAGCCCGAGCCAAUUGGCUGUAGGUGAAAUCAAGAAAGGAAAUGGAUCAACCGAAAUUAUUAUUAGCUCAGUGUUAAACAAUAAGAUUCUUUUCUUCAUGCCGAUCGACAAUGCUGAAGCGCAAACGAACUUGCAAUUCCAAGAGAAGUAUGGGAAUAUAGUUUCAUACAAAUGGUUUAAUGAAGGUUUAAUGAUACUCGGUUUCGACAAAGGUUUUAUGGUUAUCAUAUCGGCUCAUCGUUCUGAAAUCGGGACUGAGCUGAACUGCUUCGCCGAAUAUAAAAACUAUUUGAGUCAUACCACAACCAAUGAUGUUUUCCAGUACAUUAUCAACAUAGGGGAUAACCAGAUAAGAAUCAGAGACAUGGAGCAAGGUCAAGAUCUUCAACUUAUGACAGAUAUUGAAACAGACAAGGAGCUGGAUAAAGUGGAAUGCUCGUCUGAUGGUCAGCUUGUUUGCGUUUCCUCCGUCUCUGGUGCUGUGUCAGUUUAUCUCACGCGCAUGCCUGUGCUUACUGCUGCCAGAGGUGAUAUCAUAGCUAUACUUACAUCGCUUAGCCAGAUCACAGUUCAUCGAGAAGGAGAUCGGAACAAAACAAGAGUUAUUGAAGCAGCUGUGGAACCUACUUUGAUAGCAGUUGGACCUUUAUAUGCUGCUGUUGCAACUAAUAAUAAGAUUUGGUUCUAUGAAUAUCCGAAUAGUAACACCGGACAACUUGUUCGGGAGUGCGAGUACUUGUCCACCAUAGUAAGUGUUUCGUUAAACACGGAUUAUGCUGCAGUUGUCAUGGAAGGAAAAGCAAGACUACAUAAGAUUCUUGAUCGUGAUGACGAAAUUUCAAUAACGUUCCCAGAGCCAUCGAGAAAUACAAGGCUCAUCUCGGCAUGUUUAACAACACACUUUCUGAUUUUCACAACGGAAACGAAUUACAUCAUUUACUUCUCUUUAGAGGAGUGGUCCGUAGUUAGUGAAUAUCGGCACUCCUCGUCUAUACGACAUAUAGCUCCCGACUCUACAGGAUUACGUUGUUGUGUUUUUGAUGAACGGAUGGAUACCUGGGUUUAUAGCCCUGUUGAUGACUCUAUGUUAAAACUGCCACCCGUUGGUCCGUCCGUUUUGUAUACUUCUGCAUUAUGGGAAACAUUCACGAUUGAUCGUAAUACUUUCAUCGUUUUUGACACCAACAACGUGUAUGUCUUCUUAGUUUUGAAAAGCCAAGUUGAAGGUGAAUCUUCAGUCUUUAUUGGAACGACGAAGCUGCCAUAUGGUCAUACUCCUUUAACAUUAAGCAAAGGGAUUGUUCAAUGCAUAACUUCUGGUGGGAAAGUAAGCGGGGUUUUGUUGGAAAGUCAUCGUACCGAUACUAUCUUGGAGAGCAAGAAAAUAGAAGAGGCAGUCUAG